GACAACAUUAAUGGCGGAGGAAAAAGCGACGCCCAUUGCAUUUGCGCUCACUAUUCUGAGCUGGGCACACCAAAAUAAGGGACAUGGUUGUCCAGAGCUUAUUUGGUGUCCGUCACAAGGCACCUCUCUUCUAUCACACAUCUUCCAGUUCUGCUCAUGGAGAUGAAUGCUCGAGGAAGGCCGUUUCAAUGGUAUUCUCAAAAUACAUGCCUCUUAAGGAAAAUGAAAGUACAAUGGUGGAAAGAAGGUUCAGAUAUCCAAUCCCAUUUUCUGUCUCAUGCAAGGCCGCUAGUACCAACGGCACUUCUGCAGAAACAUCAAUAGCAAGUGCCAAGAAAGAUGUUCUAAAAGCAUUGUCUCAAAUAAUAGACCCUGACUUUGGGACUGACAUUGUUUCAUGUGGGUUUGUAAAAGACAUAGAACUGGAUGAGAUCUCUGGAGAGGUUUCAUUUAGACUCGAGCUAACGACACCUGCGUGCCCCAUCAAAGAUAUGUUUGAACAGCAAGCAAAUGAUGUAGUGGCUGCAUUACCUUGGGUGCAAAAAGUUAGCGUGACAAUGUCUGCACAACCUGCAAAGCCUGUUUUUAUGGAGGAAAUGCCAACAGGCUUGAAAGCUGUUUCUAACAUUAUUGCUGUUUCUAGUUGCAAGGGAGGUGUAGGUAAGUCAACUGUUGCUGUAAAUCUAGCCUACACAUUGGCUGGGAUGGGAGCAAGAGUGGGCAUAUUUGAUGCAGAUGUUUAUGGGCCAAGUUUACCAACAAUGGUUUCUCCAGAGAACCGUCAAUUGCAAAUGGUGCCAGAGACAAAAUCUAUAAUCCCAACAGAAUAUCUAGGUGUAAAGCUGGUGUCAUUUGGAUUUGCUGGUCAAGGUCGUGCUAUAAUGCGUGGACCAAUGGUUUCUGGAGUCAUUAAUCAGCUUCUCACUACAACUGAAUGGGGAGAGUUAGACUAUCUUUUGAUUGAUAUGCCUCCUGGAACAGGUGACAUACAGUUGACAUUAUGCCAGGUAGUUCCUUUAACGGCAGCUGUGAUAGUCACAACUCCUCAAAAGUUGGCAUUCAUUGAUGUUGCAAAGGGUGUGCGGAUGUUUUCAAAACUAAAGGUCCCAUGUGUUGCAGUUGUUGAAAAUAUGUGCCAUUUUGAUGCUGAUGGAAAAAGGUAUUACCCUUUUGGUAAGGGUUCCGGUUCCCAGGUUGUUCAGCAAUUUGGAAUUCCAUAUCUGUUUGAGCUGCCCAUCAGACCUGCUCUCUCUGCUUCUGGAGAUUGUGGAAAUCCAGAAGUGGUCAAUAAACCUCAAGGUGAUAUUGCUAAAAUAUUCUCAGAUAUUGGUGUCUGUGUUGUGCAGCAGUGUGCAAAGCUUCGUCAACAAGUUUCAACAGCAGUGGCAUAUGAUAAGACAAACCAAGCAAUCAGAGUGAAAGUUCCAGGUUCAGAUGAAGAAUUCUUCUUGCACCCUGCAACUGUGAGACGGAAUGACCGUUCAGCUCAAAGUGUUGAUGAGUGGACUGGUGAACAAAAACUACAAUAUACUGAUGUACCCGAGGACAUAGAACCAGAGAGCAUCAGGCCUAUGGGAAACUAUGCUGUGUCUAUAACUUGGCCAGAUGGUUUUAGUCAGGUGGCACCUUAUGAUCAAUUGCAAGGUAUAGAAAGAUUAGUGGAUAUUCCGAACCCUGCUCUACAGAAGAAUGAUGUUGCAAAUGGUACUUCCACAAAUCAAAUUCAAGUCAAGCCUUCUACAGAUAAGAGUAGAACUGCUGCAGGAGCUAUUUUGGAACAUGCCAGUGCACUCAAAGAAAUGAAAUAGGACAUGAUAAUUUUGGUUGCUUCUUCAGUAGGUCCUCUCCUCUGUCUAGCAUAUGUAUCAUCGUGUAGUCAGUUUUAUGAGGUUCUGAUACAAAAAAAAUGUAUAUGUUUCAAGAAUCUUCUGUAAGGUUUCUUUUGUAAUAGCUAUGAGUAGAGUUCCUUGUGAUAAAUACUUACAGAAUUAUUUCUAAUACUUGGUGCUUGGACAACUUGUUUCAACGAAUGUACAUAGCAAUUUCAGAUGAAAUUUCAUCAACAUGUCCAUAGAAAUCUGAUAGAAUCAAUAGCUCAUGGCUGAUUAGUACUAAAUCAGAAAUAUCCUGAUGUAAACUGCAAGUUCUUACACAAAAGGAAAUGUUUUAAAA